AUGUUUUGCUUCCGUCGCCUGCCGUCCGCUCCAGACGAGAUCUAUUCAUCCAAUCUCAACACCCUUUACCUCGGUCAUGCUCUCUGGUACCCGGAGCCUCAUGUGACAGGAGAGGUACAGAUCGGCGAUGUGGGCUUCAUUCGCUGUGGUGCAUUUGUCAGAUUAUUCAACCUUGAUACCUCUGCGCCCGAAAAGAAGGUCAAGUUUUGGCCCAAGCCUUUCGAAAACUUCGAGCCCUUGCCUCCAGACGUGUUGCAAGUCGACACCAGAAGUAGUCCGCUUGUCCCCAAUCAUUACUGCAGUGAUGGAGUUGAGAGCAGGGAAAUACAAGCCUCUGCGGACGCAACGAUUGGCGCAGGUGUGUCCGCGACCCUUAGCAUGGAGUACAUAUGUAAAGGGGCGCAAGGUGCGGUCCUCGUGCUUCAGAGCAAGGCCUAUGACGAGGCGUUAUUCGAGAACAAUAAUUUCAAGACGUACAUCAUUCGGGACCACGACAAAUGGUUCUCAUACGCCAGGAACAACCUGGGCCAAGCGGUUCAGCAGGAGGACAUCACCGUGGUCAGCGGAUGGGUCAAAACCGAAGCGAACUGGGCCGCAACCGCUUUCAACAAUACGAGCUCAAGAUUUGGUGCCUCGCUCAAAGGAAGUUGA